AUGGCUGAGGAAGGCAUUGCUGGUGGAGGUGUAAUGGAUGUUAACACCACCCUACAAGAAGUUAUGAAGAUCACAGUCAUCCAUGAUGGCCUAGCUUGUGCAAUUUGUGAAGCCACCAAAGCCUUGGACAAAUGCCAAGCCUAUCUUUGUGUUCUUGCUUCCAACUGUGAUGAACCUAUGUAUGUAAAAUUGGUUGAAGCCCUGUGUGCUGAGCACCAAAUUAACUUGAUCAAGGUUGAUGACAACAAGAAGUUGGGUGAAUGGUUAGCCCUCUGUAAAACUGGGAGAGAGGGAAAGCCCUGCAAAGUGGUUGGCUGCAGUUGCGUUGUGGUUAAAGAUUAUGGCAAGGAAUCUCAGGCCGAAGAUGUCAUCAAAGAAUAUUUUAAAUGA